CUUCAAUCGCCAAAUCGAACUUAAUUUGGGCACCUCAAAAAGAUCAGACAUCUCGUCUCACGCCCCUCCUCCUGACCAUCUGGCUCCAGUCUCCCUACCAAUCGACUGAUGACGUGGCAAGAUCCCUCUUGAAGCUUCGCAAGCAGCACCUCCAGUAACAACAAUGGCCGACCUUCUUGAUCCCAAAGCCACGUUCGACGAUACAUACCACCCGAAAGAUGCUCUCGAGAGAACGGUGCAUGGAAUCACAUACACCGGCGCUGCCGGUCUGUUUCUAGCAGCGGUGCAGAACACUGUAGCGAAAGAGAAUAUUGGAGCAAUGGGAGUCUUUUCUCGAUUUGGGAAGACCAUUGGUUUAUUUGCUGCCAUGGGUGGAACAUUCUCAUUCGUCAGUACGGCGUCUGCAAACCUGCGGGAAAAGAACGAUUUUCUAAACCACGCACUCGGCGGUGCAUGCGCCGGCUCACUUGUUGGCCUUGCUAAGCGAUCAAUGCCGUCUGUCGCGGGCAGUGCGCUUGCUCUUGGGGCUGGCCUGGCUGUUGUCAGUUACACGGGGCGGUCUAUGUUCGAAUCGUCGUCAGAUUCUCCUCAAUUAGACCGUCUGGCAUACAAGGACGAGGCCAAGACUCGUUAUCGAAGACCUAUCAAUGAGACUAUCAAUGAACUUGGUGAAGGCAGAGGUAUCUACGGACCCGGAUACGAAGAAAGACGCAAGCAACGAAUCAAAGAGAGAUAUGGUAUCGAGAUUCAAGAACCAUAUUACAAGAAUAAAUCAGCCGAAGGCAUGGUCAAGUUCUGAGCAUUAAGCUCUUCAUUAACACGGUCUUAAGCGGCAAGCAGCUCGAGUGCUUCUGAGGAAAGCUGGAACAACGAACCGAUGUCUGGUUCAGUCAGAAGACCAACCCAUCGCGGGAGAACUUCAAGGCGGCCAACUCAAGGUCGUGGGCGGCGGAUGUAUAUCUAGAUACUGGUAAAUGGACAACGGAGUUGACGACCGCCCCCAAUCUUUUGCGCGGCCAUCUCGAGCACACUUCCAGACCCCAGUACAUUGUGCCAUUCCAAUGUCAGCCAAACCGUUGCUUCCAAUUGAUUCUGCAUCAGAAUCUGGAUAUAGCUGGAUAUAUCUUGAUCGGGCCUUUGUGCUAUGCACCAAACCUUCUUUGCUAGGAAGGAGGAGAGCGUGUAGACGCGUUGCCGGUCAGAAGAGCUGGUUUUUAGCUACAUCUGGAGACACUUC